CUCUCCAUCAACAAGCUGCCGCCUGGCACCGUCAAGGCCAAGAUCGUGGUGACAGUGUGGAAAAGGGACACGGAGCCGCCCGAGCUGCAGGAGGGUGGCGGGUACCUAAGCCUGCUGCAGACACGGGCCCCUGCACACGUCUUCCGCCAGGAGCAGGGGGCCUUCAAGGCACAGGUGAGCACCCUGCUGACGGUGCUGCCCCCGCCCGUGGUGCGAUGCCGCCAGCUCACCGUGUCCGGGAAGUACCUCACUGUGCUCAAAGUGCUCAACGGCUGGUCCCAGGAGGAGAUCUCGCUGUGGGACGUGCAGAUCCUGCCCAACUUCAACGCCAGUUACUUGCCCGUCAUGCCCGAUGGCUCCGUGCUGCUGGUCGAUGAUGUCUGCCACCACUCGGGCGAGGUGCCUGUGGGCGCCUUCUGCCGUGUGGCCGGCGCCGGCUCGGCCUGUCCCUGUGCCCUCAGCGCCCUCGAGGAGCACAACUUCCUCUUCCAGCUCCAGGCGCCCGAGAGGCCCCCCGAGGACGCCAAGGAGGGCUUGGAGGUCCCACUGGUGGCCGUGAUCCAGUGGUCAACGCCCAAACUGCCCUUCACCAGCAGCAUCUACACACAUUACCGGCUGCCGAGCAUCCGCCUGGAGCGGCCGCGCUUCGUGAUGACGGCUGCCUGCGAGUCCCCGGUGCGGGCCCGGCAGCGCUUCACCGUCACCUACACGCUGCUCAACGACCUGCAGGACUUCCUGGCCGUGCGCCUCGUCUGGACGCCCGAGACCGCCACAGCCGGGAAGAAGCUGUCCAGGGAGGAACGCCGGGCCACGCAGGCGGCACUGGACGCCAUCGUGUGCCACACGCCGCUCAACAACCUGGGCUACUCGCGCAAGGGCAGCGCCCUCACCAUCCGGGUGGCCUUCCAGGCGCUGCGGCUCCCCGCCCCGCAGUGA